CAGUACGUGAGAGAGAGAGAGAGAGUGGAAUCGGCAAUUUCCUCUGGGAUUUUGCGUAGGGCUUUCGUUUCACAGUUGGAGAUCUUUCUCGCCGAGCUUGAUUUUCUGAUUUCGUGUUUGAUUUCGCUGUGGAGCUGCGGGUUUGAACAGCGAUGGCGGUGGGCAAUGAAAUGGGACAAGAUUACGCGCCGAAGAAGAAGAAGUCCGAAUCGGAGGACGAAAAGAGGAGGAAGAAAAUUGUUCCUGGGAGCUUGAUGAAAGCGGUGGUGAGGCCUGGGGGAGGUGAAUCGAGCCCCACGAAUGGCGAUCAGUUGACUUAUCACUGCACUGUUCGGACACUGGAUGGUGUUGUUGUGAAGUCCACAAGGUCCGAGUAUGGAGGCAAAGGUAUACCGAUAAGGAAUGUAUUGGGGAAGAGCAAAGUGAUUCUUGGAUUGCUAGAAGGAAUUCCCACAAUGCAGAAGGGUGAAAUUGCGAUGUUCAAGAUGAAACCCAAAAUGCACUAUGCAGAAGUGGAUUGUCCGGUUUCAGCCCCGAAUAAUUUUCCGAAGGAUGAUGAGCUUCACUUUGAGAUUGAAUUGAUGGAAUUUUCAAAAGUCAAGGUUGUCAGCGAUGAUUUGGGUGUUGUAAAGAAGGUAGAGAAGGAAGGCCAGGGCUGGGAAACUCCCAGAGAACCCUAUGAAAUUAGGGCUUGGAUAUCUGCUAAAUCCGGAGAUGGAAAAGUGAUCUUUUCCCAUACUGAAGGAGAGCCUUAUUUUUUCACAUUUGGAAAAUCUGAGGUGCCGAAAGGUCUUGAAAUGGGAAUUGGAACAAUGGCUCAGGAAGAGAAGGCAGUAAUAUAUGUUAGCGACCAAUACUUGACCGAAUCUCCUUUGAUGCAUAUAAAUGAAGGGGUUGAAGAAGUUCAUUUUGAGGUGGAACUGGUCCACUUCAUUCAGGUGCGGGACAUGCUUGGAGAUGGACGUCUCAUAAAGCGUCGUAUUCGUGAUGGAAAAGGCGAGUUUCCGAUGGAUUGCCCGCUUCAAGACAGUCGGUUAAGUGUCCACUACAAGGGGAUGCUUCUCAAUGAAGAGAAGACUGUUUUCUAUGAUUCCAGAAUUGACAAUAACGGUCAGCCUCUGGAGUUCAGUUCUGGAGAAGGACGGGUCCCUGAGGGAUUUGAGAUGUGUGUUCGUUUGAUGCUACCUGGAGAGGUUGCCCUAGUUACUUCCCCCCCUGAUUAUGCAUAUGACAAAUUUCCAAGGCCGGCUGGUGUUCCUGAAGGUGCCCAUGUUCAGUGGGAGAUUGAACUUCUCGGAUUUGAAAUGCCAAGGGACUGGACUGGAUUGAACUUCCAGAGUAUAAUGGAUGAAGCAGAAAAGAUCAGAAGUACGGGUAAUGGUCUUUUCAAGGAAGGAAAGUUUGAACUGGCGAAAGCUAAGUAUGAAAAGGUGCUCCGGGAAUUCAAUCAUGUUAACCCCCAAGAUAACGAGGAAGGAAAGGUUUUUGCCGAGACCCGAAACAUGUUAAAUCUGAAUGUUGCGGCUUGUUUGCUUAAACUUGGAGAAUGGAGGAAAUCUAUAGAGACAUGUAAUAAGGUUCUAGAGGCAAACCCUGGACAUGUAAAGGGUCUGUAUCGACGUGGAAUGGCUUACAUGGCCGGUGGUGAAUACGAGGAUGCUAGAAAUGAUUUUAACAUGAUGAUUAAAGUCGACAAGUCGUCAGAACCCGAUGCGACAUCCGCCCUUCUGAAACUGAAGCAGAAAGAACAGGAAGUGGAGAAGAAGGCGAGAAAACAGUUUAAAGGGCUCUUUGACAAGAAACCGGGUGAAAUAUCCGAAGUGAUAACGGAAACGAAAGGCGAGUCGUCCCGAGAAAUCAGCGAGGAGAAAGCAGACGAGGAGGAAGAAGAAGAAGAAGAAGAAGAAGAAGAAGAAGAAGAAGAUAGAAUAUCGAAAACGAAGAGAAGCUGGAGAGAGAAGGUAUGGCCCAUUCUGGUGAAUGUGUUCCUCCAGAUAGGCCUUCAGCUCGGCGUUGCUUUGCUCGGCAUCCUCCUCUUCAACUUCUUCAGCUCCAAGUUCACUUAGAGAAAUACACAGAAACGACGUCGUGUGUUGCUGCUUGCCCGCUGCAUAACGAGAGGGCUAAAUGCGUCUUAAAAAAGAUUAUUUAGCUGGAGAAAAACCAGAUUAAAUAUUUAUAUAUUAUAUUAGCAGAGCAAUAAAUGAUAUAUAUAUAUAUAUGUAUAUAUAUGUAUCCCCUUAAUGCAAAAAAAAAAAAAAAAAGGAACAACACAGGCGAUUUUAUCAAAGACAAAAAUGAAUGAAUUUGAGUUUCUCUUUUUAUUCAA